ACAAAUUUGCUGUAUGCGAUUAAGAAAUCGUUAAAGAUGAAAAAUCUAUCUACAACUUUAUUUUUUGGUAAGAAAAUCAUAAAUGAAAAGUAGAUGAUCUUUGAUUUCCUGAAGAAAGCGUAUGCGUUGGUGGAUGAUCCUUCAACGGAUUCUAUUGUCUCAUGGGCGUCCAACGGUUGGUCUUUCGUAGUUUGGCAACCGCUGGAGUUUACUAAAGACCUUCUUCCCCGACACUUACAAAUCACCCACUUCGCAAAAUUUCAUACAUAUGGAUUUAGAAAGCUUGUUAUAUCGUCCGGACAACAAUUGAAAUUCAUAUGCAAUGAUUUUGUGAGAGGCAAGCCUGAGCUUUUGGACAAGAUUGCCCAACGCUAUAUGGCAAUGAUGAAAGAUACGGAACUUUGUAAACUAGAUGAAAGACUGGAAAAUGACACUUCCAAGGAAGAGUAUGAUUUAGCCAUGAAGGACAAGGAGGAGAUGUUUGUCAGGAAGAGCAAGGAGAGAAAUGGCAGAAUGGCGACAGGGAGGAACUCAACAUAAUCUUCCAGCGCGACGUCUCGAGGUGCAAGUGUAGCAUCUUGGAAUCUGAAAUAUCUAUCCUUAUGAAUAAAAUCAUGUAUCUAUC